UUUUAUUUUUAAGGUAGGUCUGUCUCUCCGGAUGCUCCCUGCGCUUGCAGCAUUUUCUGAUUUCCAGCAUCUGUAGCAUUUUGCUUUGGGACCAGAGCCAGGCAGCGGACGCCAAGUGUGCGCUGUGGCGCGGGAUUAUUCCCCGCCGCCUUUCAAAUAGGGUCUCCAAUUGUUUGCUGAAAGGCACAAACACGGCAGACGGAGGGCGUGUACCCGAACCCACAGUUCUUCACGAAUGAGGUCAUGAUGUUGGUGUCCCUUUAAAAGGGAAUUCAAGCCAUAAACUUCCGGUCCCGUGGUGUGACAGAACGAAACUGGAUGAAGUGCAGCUUGUAGCGGCGUUACCAGUUGGCAAUGUCUAUGAGAUAGACGUCGGGAUUCAUAGUUUAAUACUCCCACCGUAACUAAAGGCAAGCGAAACCAACGCACAUCGACCGGAACCAGAGUUUAAACUUUUUGUCCCUUUUUAUAUAUAAAAAGGAAGACGAUAGUUCCCUCCACAGUAUGUAGAAGUAGCAAAUCUAGUGGAAAUAUCCCAGCAUAUUCUGAAAAUUCAUUCUACGACCCGAGAGCACAAGCGCAUUGUAUCUGGCGAUUUCGUUGUCAAACCAGAUUUAUUUCCCACGCUGCUGGCCGGAGUGUGUGUGUCCGUGGACGGUUGUGUUUUCCUUUCGCCGGGAUCCCAGCUUGUCGUGGCUGUUCCCGGCCCAGAGCUACACUGAUGAGCGGCGAUUGUGGUUCCGCAGCCGACCUGCAGCAGGAACCUCGAGCCACUCGCCCAGCCAUCCAGAGAUCCGGCGCUGCCCACCGCGACGUCUCUCUACACUUCCCCCUCUCCCCGAAUACUUCACCCUCGCAGCACGUCGGUGUAAAGAGAUAGACAUGGCCUCUCUCAGCCUGGGGCUGAAUUUCUCCCGCAAGAAGACCAUGGCGAAGAACGCUGCGGUAGAGCGGAAAAACCUCAUCACUGUCUGCAGGUUUUCUGUUAAGACUUUAAUUGAUCGCUCCUGUUUCGAGACCAUUGAUGACUCGUGUUCGGAAUUUACAAACUUUGCAGCUAUUCUCGAGCAAGUCCUGAGUCAUCGCCUUAAAGGUCAAAUAAAUUGGCUUGGUUAUGAAAGCCCUCGAAGCUUCUGGGACUUCAUACGCGUGGCCUGCAGCAAAGUUCCUCAUAACUGCAUCAGCAGCAUUGAAAACAUGGAGAACGUAAGCUCGUCAAGGGCAAAGGGCAGAGCAUGGAUUCGCGUAGCACUUAUGGAGAAGCGUCUGUCCGAGUAUAUAUCCACUUCUCUAAGGGACAUCAAAACAACCAGGAGAUAUUAUGAAGAUGGGGCAGUUGUACUGGGAGAAGAAGCGAAUAUGCUUGCUGGUAUGUUGCUUGGACUCAAUGCGAUUGACUUCAGCUUCUGUUUAAAGGGUGAAAGUUUGGAUGGCAAUUGUCCUGCUGUCAUUGACUAUACCCCAUAUCUGAAGUUCACACAAAGCUCUGAGAGUAUCAGCAGUGAUGAAGAGGAGUUACGCACUCUGGGGAGCAGCAGUAGUGAAGGCAGCACACCGGAGAACAUUGGCCCACCGUUCAUCACUGAUGAGCACAGCUGGUAUAACAAGUGCAAGCGUGUGGAGCAGAAAUUCAGGCUGGCAUUGGAGCAGAAGGGCUAUCUGGAAGAGUUAGUACGUUUGCGGGAAGCUCAACUUGCAGAGUCGGUAGCUCAAAACAAGAUAGUCCUACAGCGAAUGGAGGAGACAGACCUCAACCACAAACUGGAGAAGGAGCAACUGGAGUUUAUCAUCCUAGAACUGCAGGAUCAGCUAGCAGUUUUAAAAAAUAAUGAUUUGAGAUCAAGACAAGAAUUAACAGCACACCUUACGAAUCAAUGGCCUUCCCCAGGAGCUUUGGAUGCAGACGCGGUUGCUUUAGAUACACUUCUGUACAGAAAACAGUGUGGACAGUGGGAUGAGCACAGUUUUCAAAGCUUGGAACAACUCUCAGCAGAGAUCAGCCUUUCUUCGACUUCCUUAGAUCCAUUACACUCACAGAAAGAGGGCGAAGAAGGACACGGAAAUUCAAAAAGUGAUGGGAAGGAGGACACUCCCUCAUUACUUGGUCUAUGUGGAUCCUUGACUUCCAUGACCAGCUACAAAUCUCUUACAAGCUUGAAAUCCAGUGAAUGCCUUGCAAGUCCGAAUGCUGAGAUUAGCAGCCCAGGGCUCACUCCAUUUUAGGAGCAACUUGUCAUCCAAACCAGAGUGAACCUGGUAUCUUGGUAUGCACUGAAGUGACAUCCCAAUUAUUUAACCAAUCCUGACAACUUGAGACUUUAAUAGGUCCAAUAAUUUUAUUUAAUCAGAAAACCAACUGACAAUGCACUGCUGCACUGUUUCAUGAUACCACAACCAUCUGCAAAAGAUUCAGGUCACUUCAUGCGGAGUGCUUUACUUGAAUGUGUUUGCUUUGGAAAUUGUUCCUGGUAUUUAAAAAGUGUUGGCUGCACUGUUUGUCUUGUUUCUUUCCUUCCUAAAAUGGCUGGUUAAGGGAGUAUUCGGUAAAAGUGUUUUUGUUUACUGCUGAAAAUUUUGAGAAUUUGCAGAAGGUCCAAGCAAUAUAGUUGUGUAUUUGUGGAUCAAAAAGGGUGUUAAUAUGUACAAUUUAUUUCAUUACUAGCUUAAAAUGUUACUAUUUUUUCAGGCGAUUUUAAGUGCAAUUGUUUUUGUUCUAAUUAAGUCUGCAGAUUUCUAGGUAUGUCUGCUGUUGUGCAUUUGUUUUGAAGAACUUCCAGUCCAUCUAGCUUCUGACAUUCUAACUGCUUGUAUUAAAACUAUUUCCCACAGAUGCAAGUGAAGGUGAUGCCUAAUUGUUGUCUUGAAUUACUUGAUUAAAUCAAAAUGCCAUGCCCUUUGAUAUUCUGCCAGGACUGAAUUUAUCAAUGUUAAUGUAAAAGUUUGAGAUGCCUUUUUCAAAACAAAGUAAAUGGUAGCAAACAUUUGAUGGUGUUCCUGAUUUUUGAAAGAUGGUGGUGUUCACAUUGUGGCAGGGUCUGUCUAUUCACGUUGGGAACAAGGAUUGGUUGCCAAUCAAUCUUGCACUGGUUCUAAUGCCAUAUUUCAUAUUGUAAUUGUCUAACGUCACUGUUACUACAUCAAAUAUUGUUUCCGAUACAUUUCCCUUUGUCAUUACAGAGAUGGAUAAAUUUGCCAUUGAAAGAAAUUAAUAAAUCAGCAAUUAAAGAUGUUAGGAAUUGUAGGAGCUAUUUUUGAUGCUUUUAUGUAUGUAGCAAAAAAAAUUGCCACUAGAAUACAUUGAUUAUUUAUUACCUGUAAUCAGGUAUGAUAUUCUCCCCAAAGACUUUGUUUUAAAUUGAAAGUUGCAUUUCAGUCUUUGACUCUAUUGCAUAUUAAAAAUUGUCAAUACCUUUUGAUCUUUUUAAAUGCACAUUAGCUAUGUGGUUUGUGUGGUUUAAAAGUACAAUGGUUCAUCAUUUUACUUUGAAAAGUUUACACACAAAACUAAUCACAGGGACAUUUGGUGGACAGAAUCUUUUUGCUUUAUUUUAAGAACAAUCAUCUCACCCUAUUUUUAUUGUUUACAUUUAAAUACAAUCUGUUAGUCAGUAAUUUGUGUACUGAACUAGUAUUAAGCUGCUGGUAACAUGUACAUACUGCAUGAUAAGUUUUUCUUUUUGUACCAGUAUGUAUUCACUGAAUAUUUACUUUGUUCUGUCUUAUCUAAAUGAGGAAGUCAAAAAGCCUAAACUGUAUUCAUUUUUGUCUUGAUAAGUUAUGUGAGUCUUAAUAACUGCAUGUAUAAUAAAAGUGAAGCAAACUCUGCUAUUUGGCCAUCUAUAUGAAUAUUUUGACUUCAGCUGUAAUAUGAAAAUUAUUCAUCCUCAACUUUAUCUCAAAGGAUGUGUAUGAGCAUGGGAAUAAACAGUAAAGGUGUGGCAUUUACUGUUCAUUACAGCUACCAACCGAUUGUGGGCUUCUGAGUAGCAACUUGUCAUGAACAUAAGAUUCUUUCUAGUACACUGCCCUCUCAUUUCCUCCCCAGACCUGAGUAAGAGCAGGGUAAGCGUAAGUAUUUUUACCAGCAACCCCACUGAAGAAUUCUGAGACUUGCGGAUAUAUUAUAAAACUGAACCUGUGCAAAAUUAUGCAGUUGAUAAAAAUGAGAAAAAUUAUACUGAAAUAAGGAAGUAGGAUUUCUUCCCCACGUUGAAGGAAAACACCAAUUAAGGAUUGAGUCUCUGCCAUUGAAAGUGCAUAGGUUACUCGGUAGUGAUAAGAUUUAUAAAGCUGCUUAAAAAAAAUAAUUACUACUCAGAUUGACAUUGAAACAUCUAGGGAGUGGGUACGUAGCUGAAAUUCAUGCUGUCAGCUGACUUGAAUGAGAAGUACCAAUACAGGAGCGUUUGUAACCUACAAUUCAAAUCCCUCCCUGGGUGCCCCAAAGUGCUUUACAGAUAACACGCUUUAUAAAGGUGGCAACAGUGGUAUCCUAAUUAGUACAUGACCUCCCACCCCAGCUUUGUUGCCUGGCUGUUCAUCUCAACUAGGAAAAGUUUAAAGUCAAAUUUGUUCUGUUCUCUUCAAAAAAAAAGGGAUGAGUACAACAAAGGAAUUUCUGUGACAGGCUAGAGACCAAGGGAACUUAUUUGGAGGAGAUUAAAUUGAAAGUCAGCGCUGGGGGUGCUGAGAUCAAUGCUUGACUUGCAGUUCCAGAAAAAUCUGGAUGAGAAUGCUUGAAAUAUUCAGCAAAAUUUAUUAGAAAUGAAAGUUAAUGUUUGGUCUUGAGAGCUAUACUGUGCUCAGUCAUGAUGAGAUGUGGUUCCGGGUUUGCCAGAUAUUUUACAUUGUUCUGGAGGAGCCCAAAGUGAAGGCAGUCCGGAGUGAGAUGAUGAAGAGACAGACGAUUGGAAGCUUGGGGUCACUUGUGCAAUUGAACAGAACUGUUUCACAAAACAGC